UCAUGUGUGGUUGGCCAUGUGUUUGUGUUCGGUCAUGGAAUUCAAUACACGGGUGAGAAGCCUGAGUUCUAGAGUCAAUUUUACUGAGAAAACGGCAGUAUAGCAGAGAUUGAUAAUGGUUCGAGGUGGUCCAGCGAAUAGAGCUGUUAAAAGAGCAAAAGUAUUUGCCCUCGCUAAGUCAUUUGGUGCGAAGGGUCGUUCAAAAAAUGUAUAUAGCUUGGCUGUGCGGAUGGUACAAAAGAGCUUACAAAGACAGUAUGUUGCUAGAAAGAAUACCAAACGGGACAUGCGAUCUCUGUGGAUCACUCGUAUUAAUAUUGCGGCAAGGGAACACCAUGUUCCUUACAGUGUCUUCAUGAAUCAAUUGACCAAGAACAACAUCCAAUUGAACAGGAAGAUGCUGUCUGAGCUAGCUAUCCAUGAACCAAGGACAUUCAAGGCAUUUGCAGAUUUUGCAAGAGAAAAACAAAAGGAUGGUUUGAGAGCUGCUUUCAAGUGAUUGACAGGAAUUACGGUCAGAAAAGGAUUAUCAAGGCUGCGAUUAAACAUCUGGCCCAAAAAUUAUUGCAAAAGCAAUAUCUCUCAACAGAUGUAAAAAACAAUAUGGAAUUGGUUCUGUUCAGUUGCACUCUAUCAGACAAUUUGCCAUUACAACUAAUCCAAAUUUUGUAUUUAUUUUCUUUUAGUUCUUUAUCUGCAAAUAAUUACAAUUCAGUGAAUAGUUAUCACCCUAUAAUUAUAACCCUAUUUACAUUGUCUAUAAAAAAAUUGUUAAUUUUAGUUCAGACCAAAAUAUUGUAGGAUGAAUCACUGGUUAUCAAGUACGAUAGUGACUUCUAUAGCAAUUUCAUUCAUUUGUCAUUCAUUUUAGCGUCUAGAACCAGGCAAAUCUGUUCAUCACACGAAAAAUCAGGCGUUGCAUAAUCCAUUGUCAGCAAAAUAUGCGAAUAUAUGUUGUUGAUAACGUCCAUAACCAACUCCCAAAAUUAGAAAAUCUACUUUUUUUGUCCCUGUCGAAAACGUAAAGCACCACGCUUAGUAAUGCCACUGAAAUAUACCCAUAAAAGCAAAUGCACAAUCCCAAAGUCCACGAAAGACCAAAGUUCAUACAAAUUGUCCAUAACAACAACAUUGAAGAUAAUACCAGAACAGCCUUGAAAAUAACUGCUUUCAAAACAGGCAAGCCAACCAGAAUGAACAGUAAUAAUUUCAAAAUAUUCAUUUUGUAUUAACUAACGUUAAAGUAUUUUUAAUACCCAUAUUCGUUUAAUAAA